GAUUCGAUCAAAGAACACCGGUGAAACAGCCACAAAAUGCCAGCUCUCAGUCUGGUCGCUCUGGUCAGCCUGGUGUCCACUGUUUUCGCCAAACAGUUGGACGCGUACCCGCCCCAACAACAGCACAGACACUGGGCACAGAUCUGCAGCGGCAAUGCCAUCAACAAAAUCCGGGGCUGCGAUAGAUACGGCUGCGGCUAUUUCGGCGCUGACAGGCACGGUGGUAAAGGAAAGCAUGGAAAGCACGGAAAGCACGGAAAGCACACGGGCGUGGAUGUCAAAAAAAAUGAUGGAGCGACGGUGUACGCUCCUUUCAGCGGCCAGCUCUCCGGACCCAUUCGAUUUUUUCAUAAUGGAAAUGCCAUUGAUGAUGGAGUCCAAAUCAGGGGAUCAGGUUACUGUGUAAAGCUUGUCUGUAUUCACCCCAUCAGAUACCACGGCCAAAUCCAUAGAGGGCAACAACUCGGGAGAAUGCUGCCAAUGCAAAGAGUAUUUCCUGGCAUUAUCUCUCACAUUCACGUUGAGAACUGCGACCACUCCGAUCCUACUCCUCUACUUACGCCUGUUUCUCCUCCAUUCCCACAACAAGACACACGCUGGGCAACAGUGUGCUCCGGGAAUCCUACAAACGAGAUAAGAGGCUGCGAUCGGUAUGGCUGCGGAUACUACGGAGCUCCAAGACGCAACGGUAAAGGAAAGCACACGGGUGUGGAUGUCAUCUGUGCUGAUGGAGCAACCGUGUAUGCUCCCUUUUCUGGCGAGCUCUCCGGACCCAUUAAAUUCUUCCACAACGGAAAUGCCAUUGAUGAUGGAGUCCAACUCAGGGGAUCAGGCUUCUGUGUAAAACUAAUCUGCAUCCAUCCCAUCAGAUACAACGGUAGAAUUUCUAAGGGACAAAUCCUUGGGAAAAUGUUGCCAAUGCAAAGAGUAUUUCCCGGGAUCACAUCUCACGUUCACAUUGAGAACUGCGAUCACUCAGAUCCUACUAGCAAUCUCGAAAGGGGGAAAGGGCAAAAAGUGUGA